CGGAAACCAUUCCCCAAUGAAUUCCAGACAAUUAGCAAGUAAUGGGUGUUGAGAUAGUAGAUAACCGACCAGAGGAUGAAACCAGAGCUGCUCCAGUUGAAGAUGUCGAGGAAGUGCAAAUUGACGAUAAAGAUCCAAGCAGAAAGACACAAAUUGGAACUCUAUUGAGCCCGAAGGAAAGAGCAGAGCUAAUAGCUUUUCUCCGCGCUAACAAUGAUGUCUUCGCUUGGACUUUGGCAAACAUGCCAGGAAUUCCAACCUCGGUAUCCCAGGAUAAGCUCAGCACCAAUCCAUUGAAGAAACUAGUAGCCCAGAAGCGACGUCUCUUCUGGGGGGAGAGGCUUCAGGUUAUAAAGGAAGAGGUAGAGAAGCUCCUACAAGCUGGUUUCGUCAGAAGAGUUGAUUACUGCGAAUGGGUGGCUAACCUAGUGUUGGUUAAAAAGGCAAAUGAGGAUGAAGAGAAAACCUCGUUCUAUGCUGGUGACGAAAUUUAUUGCUAUGUCAUGAUGCCAUUUGGCUUAAAGAACGCAGAACUAAGGUAUCCUAUUGCUGAGAAAGCAGAAUUAGCAGUUGUCACUUCGGCCAAAAAGCUGAGGCCAUAUAUCCAGUCACACCCAAUUAUCGUCCUCACAGAUCAGCCUCUUCAACAGAUCCUUCAGAAGCUAGAGUGUUCUGGAAGGUUAAUUAAGUGGGCAGUAGAACUAGGGGAAUUUGAGAUAACAUUUCAGCAGAGAUCUGUGAUCCGAGCUCAAGCACUGGCAGAUUUCCUCGUAGAAUGCACCCCAUGUCACUCAACCCCUAAUCCCGAGCCCAACGACUGGACCUUAUAUGUUGAUGGAGCAUCUAGUUGCAAGGGUUCAGGAGCUGGUGCUCUCUUAAUUGGCCCAGAUGGAUAUCGAAGUGAGCAUGCUCUGAAAUUUAAUUUCGAUGCAACAAAUAACAUGGCUGAGUAUAAAGCUCUACUACUUGGUUUGCAACUAGCAUUGGAGCUGAAAGUCAUGGCGAUACAAAUAUACACCUUGGUGGCCGAGCUGAAGUGCAAAUUUCAGAAAUUUUGUCUGAACAAAAUUCCCCGAACUAAGGAUGAACAAGCAGAUUCACUUUCUAAGUUCGCCUCUGAUAGCUCUUUAAGCUCCAGAUCAGUUUUUGUGGAAGUCUUAGACGAACCAAGCUUCAUGAAGCCACGAAUGAUGGAGAUCAGCACAGACCCGGACACACUGAGCUUGACUGACCCAAUUAUCUCCUUUUUACAAGACGGGACAGUGCCUGAAGACAAGCAAGAGGCAAUGAGGUUGAGGAAGAGAGCAUCUCGAUAUACACUUGUCGAUGGGGUCCUUUAUAAGAGAUCUUUCUCACUCCCUCUUCUACGGUUCUUGAAUCCUUAUGAAGCUAAGUACACACUUCGGGAGAGAUGCUCGAAGUGCCAAUUCUUCGCACAUUUGACUCACCAACCAGCAGAUGAGCUUACGAACUUGGUAGCACCGUGGCCAUUUGCUCAGUGGAGAGUUGAUCUUUUGGGCCCAUUCAUGAAAGGGGUUGAAGGUGUAACCCAUUUGAUUGUUGGAGUUGAUUAUUUUACGAAAUGGGUUGAAGCUCGGCCAUUAUCCAAUCUUACUUCCAAAAAGGUCGAAUACUUUGUUUUUGGCUCAAUUAUCUAUAGAUAUGGGAUCCCAAACCAGAUUGUGGCUGACAAUGGAGACCUUGUUCUCAAAAAGGCUGCCCUAAUAGGGUUUGAAACUUGUUUUGGCAAACUGGCCCCAAACUGGGAAGGCCCUUAUAUGGUGGCCGAAGUGCCACAUCCUGGUGCCUAUGUCCUCCAAGACGCUGAAGGGAAGAAAGUUCCUAGAGUUUUGAAUAUCAAUAACUUGAAGAACUGUUACCCCUAAUAAACUUCUUUCAAGUGACCUAUGUCUUAUUCUCCUUUAUACUAAUUACUUCUUGAUUGUUGAGAUUCAUUUUACCUCUUAUUCUGUAUGUCCGAGGUCAAUUUGUUUAGAAUUUUAUUCCUUGAGCUUCACUUUUAUUAAUGAAUGUCCCUUCACAUC